AUGGGUUUCGGGAGUGAGUUCCAGAGGGAGGGGGCAGCGAUGGAGAAGGCCCUGUCCCCCCAGGUUCGGUGCUUGGUCCGUGCAGGUAGUGAGAGGAGAUUUCCUUCGGAUGAGCGGAGGUCGCGGGAGGAGGUGUCCUGGCCGAUGGUCCGCCCCCUACGGAGUGAGUCAGAAGAGGAAGCCAGCGAGCGGUGUGGCGGCGGACACCAGCAGGAAAACCGCCGGUUGCGGCGGCACGACCCAGAUGACGCCCCCUCCGAUGCAUCCCUACGAGACCAGCUGCUGCUGGGGCUGCGUGAAGGUCCUCUGAGACAGGCCCUGAAGGUGUAUGCCCGCCGUAAUCCGGACGAAACCUUUGCUGCACUACGCCAGGAGGCUCUAACGCUGGAUACUGAGACUGGAAACCAGCAAUCAGAGGAGGCCAGCUGCCUCCCAGCCGGCUUUAAACUAGCCGUCCCUGCUACUGAGGUCCGAGGGGCAGGGGUUACUAGUCCACCAGAGGAGAUGAGGGCCACGGAUGCAUUUAUAGGGCAAUGUCCAACAAUAGGAGUUACCAUUGAGGGAGUUGGACUGUCAGGGCUGCUAGAUACAGGGUCCCAGGUUACAUUAAUGCAGCAAAGUCUGUUUGAGAAACAUUUCACUCAAGCUAAGCUUGGAAAGGCCCCUGUAGUUUUUAGGUUGCGGGCAGCCAAUGGACUUGAGAUCCCCUACACUAGCUAUGCUGUGUUAGAUCUCGAAGUAGAGGGUAUUGAGAUACCCGGACGGGGCAUUGUGAUAGUGAAGGAUGAACACUGCACACACCCACUAAUUGUUGGCAUGAAUGUGGUGACAGCCUGUUGGCAUGCUCUUUUUAAAUGCCGUGGAAAGUCUGCUCUCUCCCCACCGCAGUUGAAGAACCGGAGGGUCUGGAAGGAUGCCUUUGCGACUUGCCAACGUGUAGAGGUCACUAUGGCAGAAGAUGGGCUGCUGGGAUAUGUUCGUCCAGCCAGCCGACGCAGCAUCCAGGUCCCCCCAAAAAGUGAGGUGCUGGUGUGGGGUCGAGCUCGGAUGGGCCCAAGAGGAGGAGACUAUUGUGCCCUGGUGGAAGCGCUGCCGGAGGCUAGUGAUGUGGGAGUGGCCAGAACGCUAGCAGUGGUAAGGAAAGGCAGAGUACCUGUGCGUGUUUGUAACCCACACCCCUAUAGUCUAUCCAUAGGCCGGUACCAGAAGCUAGGAAAGCUGUACCACGUGGAUGAAGCUGAUGUGCAUGGAUCUCGUGACUUGAGCCUGUCCCUAGAGGAUGACUGUGUGGUUGAAGUAGCUUUGGUGGAUGCUGCAGCUGACCAGGAGGACCAGAAACUGCCAAAGGAGGUGAGCGAGUUAACUAACAGAUCUGAUCUGUCUGAGCAACAGCAGGAGGAGCUACGCACCCUGCUGUUGAAAUGGAAUAAAGUGUUUGCACAACACGAUGAGGAUUUUGGCCGGACGGACCUGGUGCAGCACCAAAUCCAUACAGGCGACGCCGCACCUGUCAGAGAGAGGUAUCGACCCCUUCCUCCUUUGAUGUAUAAAGAGAUGAAGACUCUGCUUGCAGGUAUGCUCGAGAAAGGAGUAAUUAGAGAGAGCUGUAGCCCAUGGGCAGCGCCCAUUGUUUUGGUAAGGAAGAAGGAUGGCAGCUGGAGAUUUUGUGUUGAUUACAGAAAGUUGAAUGCAGUAACCCACAAAGAUGCUUUUCCCCUGCCCAGGAUAGAGGAGACACUUACCAGCCUGACCCAAGCAGAGUGGUUUACGACCCUUGACCUGGCCAGUGGCUACUGGCAGGUCGAGAUGGACCCCCAGGAUCGGGAGAAAACCGCUUUUACCACACCUCUUGGACUGUUUGAGUUUGAACGAAUGCCUUUUGGUCUCUGUAAUGCGCCGGCAACAUUCCAGCGGCUCAUGCAGCAGUGCUUAAGUGGACAGUUGGCAGAGUCUCUGUUAGUGUAUUUGGAUGACAUUAUCAUUUACUCACCUGAUUUCUCCUCUCACCUGCAGCACUUAGAUGAAGUAUUCAAGAAGCUCUGGCAGCACGGGUUGAAACUGCGCCUGGAUAAGUGUAAGCUCCUCCAGCACGAGGUGAAAUUCUUGGGGCAUGUGGUGGACCAGAAUGGGGUAAGACCUGACCCAGAUAAGAUCUCAGCGGUAUUAGACUGGCCCAUCCCUAACACCAUAAGGCAGGUACGAGCCUUUUUAGGACUGGCCGGCUAUUAUAGACGUUUUGUGUCUGGUUUUGCCAAGGUUGCACGCCCCCUAAACCAGCUAUUGACAGGCAUUCCAGCUAAUAAGAGGUCCGAAACCCGGACAGUGCAGUGGUCCGCUGAGUGCCAGAAGUCUUUCGAUGCACUGAAAACAGCGCUAACACAAGCACCUGUUUUAGCGUAUGCCGACUACUCUCUGCCUUUUAUCAUCUACACAGAUGCCAGCAACCAGGGGUUAGGAGCAGUCCUGGCCCAAGUUCAAGAGGGGCGAGAGCGUGUAAUCGCUUAUGCCAGCCGCAGCUUACAUCCAACUGAACGGAAUGACGCCAACUAUAGCUCAUUCAAACUGGAGCUUCUGGCCCUUAAGUGGGCAGUGACUGAGAAAUUUAAAGAUUAUCUGACUGGAGCACGGUUCACAGUAUUCACUGAUAAUAAUCCUGUUGCUCACCUACAGACAGCCCGCUUGGGUGCGGUGGAACAACGCUGGGUUGCUCAGCUGGCAUCGUUCGACUACGACAUCAAGUACCGCUCAGGUAAAAGUAAUGUGAAUGCUGAUGCACUGUCCAGGUGUCCAGUUACCCCCAGACCCGCUGAUGCCCCAGAUGAAGGAAGUGGAACUGCUGCAGCUCCCACUUCGGCAGCCAUUGAACUUACCCCAGAAGGAGGAGACGAGGGGUGGGCCAGCAGUGAAUGGGAGGAAGCACAAGCACAUGACCCUGACAUCCAAACAGUUAAGAGGUAUGUGGAGACACGAGUAACACCUAAGGGACCAGAGCGCCAGGCGUUAUCCCACGGAGCAAGGAAAUUGCUGCAACAGUGGAAAAAGCUCAAAGUUGAGGGUAACUUACUGUGUCGUAAAGUGUGUCCAAGUGCCAGGUGUGAAGAGGUCUGGAGAAGAGUCCAUGAAGCUGCUGCCAAUGCUGGAGUGGACAGGACCUUGGCCCGGCUACGUCUGCGAUUCUACUGGGCCGGCAUGGAGGGGGAGGUACGUCAAUUCCAUCAGGGUUGUGUUGCCUGCAGCCCGCAAAGAGAGAGAGUAGAGCCUAGGGCCCCACUGAACCCUAUUUCUGUGUCAUACCCCCUAGAAGUAGUAGGCCUAGAUUUCUUAUCUUUAGGCAGACCCACAGACACCUACCAAAACAUUCUGGUUGCCACUGAUUUAUUCACCCGUUUUGCUUGGGCCAUCCCCACACACGAUCAAACAGCUCAGACCACAAGAGAUGAGGACACACAGGUUUAUUCUGCUGUCGUCUUCACCGUGAUGAAAACUGGCAGUGGUGCAAUAAAGGAUUCAAGAGCAGCAGAGAGACAGAGGAUCUACGCUGCUGUCAAGGCUUUUGGGUUGGAUUAG